AUGAUCGACUUCUACAACAUCCAAUUCUACAACCAAGUUACGAGCGAGUACGACACCUAUGAGGAGUUAUUUGAAAUGGCAACAGGGGGCUCAAACAUGACGGCCUUGCGCCAGAUAAGAGAUGGCACUUCCUUUGGCUUCCCCGGUAUCCCCUUGGACAAAAUUGUCCUUGGCAAGCCAGUGACAUCCAAUGGUGUGGUAAACACGGGUUUUGUGGAGAUGACCCAACUUUCCAGGUUUUUGGUGCAAGCAAAGGCCAAAGAAAUCUUGCCGCGUGGGUUCAUGGGUUGGCAGUGGUUCUUGGACAUUGAGGAAUUGGACAGCCAAUGGUCACAUGUGAUGGGAUCCGCAUGGACCGGCUUCCCAAUCCCUCCACCGCUUCCUGAGAGGCAAGGGCCGGAGAUCAUCAUGCUGCCACCUCCACCUGUGGGCAGCGGGCAGUGUGCAGGCAGCUACACGGUGCAGUCUGGCGAUUCGCUGUCCAAGAUCGGCCGAUUGUAUCCGGAUACCAUUCAAGUUGGUCAAGUUUUGAAGAUUCCACCUUGCGACCCUGGAGUUGAUGGUGGAACACCUGAACCACCAGCGGCGCCAACGACACCAGGAUUGCCGUCGUGUGAUGAUAAUAAUGAUGAUGAAGAGGAGGAGGAUUUUGACGACGGUGAUGAUGAUGUGAAUAAUGCUGCUCCCAUUGUCCUUGUCCCUCCUCCAGCGGGUAGUGGGGAGUGUGCUGCCCUGUACGAAGUGGCUCCUGGAGACACCCUGUUUGCGAUUGGUCAGAUGUUUGGCCUCCCAUAUCAGGAGGUGUUUGCUGCCAAUACAGAUAUCCUGCCCGAUGAGAAUACCAUUGAGGUUGGUCAGGUGUUGAAGAUCCCACCUUGCGAUCCUGGCGUUGUAUCGCCUUGA